AUGUCAGGCAAUAUCAUGACAGAGCCUAAUAUAGAGCUGACCAUGCUCAAGUCUCCCAAGCUGAACAAGGAGACCUCGAAUUCCGAUGACCAUGACCAUGAGCUUGGGAGCACAAUUGAGACCUACGACCGCAAGGCCGAGAGCAAAAUGCUGCGCAAAUUUGAUUUCUUUGCUGUCAUCCCUCUUGGUGUUUUCUACAUGAUGGCUAUAUUGGAUCGGAGCAACUUAGGCAAUGCAAAUAUUGCUGGCAUGCCCGAGGAUAUUGGUCUGACUGGGAACCAAUUUGGCAUAGCCACCACGCUACUAUAUGCUACUUAUGUUCCCUUCGAAGCCCCAGUUUCUGUGUUAGUCAAGAGUGUUGGCCCCAAGGUUUUGAUUUCGGCAUCCGCCUUUUGUUGGGGCGCUUCUACUUUGGGAAUGGCAUUUAUCACAAACUACAAAGGGCUCUAUGUCUGCCGUUUGCUGAUGGGACUUUUUGAAGCGGGCCUGAUCCCCGCAAGUGAAGUCUACAUGGCCCUGGUCUACAAUCGCACCGAAAGAGGACGACGCAUGUCUUUGUUCUACACAUUCAGCUGCCUUGCCAGCGCUUUUGGCGGUCUCCUCGCAUACGGACUCACCCAGAUCAAUGGACCCAACGGGUUCGAAGGUUGGAGGUGGCUAUUCUCAGUGGAAGCAGCCAUCACCAUCAUUCUAGUGCCCCUUUUCUAUUUUGUCUUUCCCAAAACUCCUGUUGACGCUUGGUUCCUGACCGAUGAGGAGAAACGCAUCGUUCGGGCACGCUAUGAUAAUGAUCCCCACUGGGCAUUCGAUGAGAAGUUCUCGUGGGCUGAGCUUGGUAAGGUAUUCACCGAUGUCAAGUUUUAUGCCUUCUUUGUCUACCAGUUCUCCAUCAACCUCACACAAUUUGGCUUUACUACCUUUUUGCCCACUAUUAUUUCGGGCCUCGGGUACACAUCUGUCCAUGCCAACUUGAUGACCGUUCCCAUCUAUAUCUCAGCUCUUGCAGUCUUCCUUGUCAUUGCCUUUGCUUCAGACCGUUAUGGUAUGCGGGGACCUUUCAUGGCUGGCCCUGCAGUGCUGAUUCUUGUCGGUCUCAUCUUGCUGGUUUCAGUUGAGAAUUUGAAUGUUCGCUUUGCUGCUUGUUUCUUGACCGCAUUCGGCCUAUAUCCGGCAGCAGCGCUGUCUAUGAUGUGGUUACAAGACAACGUCGCGGGCUUUUAUAAGCGUUCCAGUAUGGUUGGCUUCACGCUGACUCUGGCGAAUACGUCCGGUGUCGUAGUUGGGCAAAUCUUUACUGCCGACGACAAGCCGUACUAUAAGAAAGGCCUUUCCGUCUGUCUCGGGUUUUGCGUCCUUGCCAUCUUAAUUGUUGUAGCUCUGAUGACGGGCAUGAAGAUUGUUAACAGGCAGAGAGAGGCAGCCAUUCGUGAGGCAGAUGCGGCCGGUUCCUCGCUCCCUCGCCAACCUGAGAAGGGAGACUAUGAUGUGUAUUUCAGGUAUACAAUUUAG